CAUCUAACUAACCAAUCACAGUUAGCAAAUCUCCUCCAUAUAUAUAGCCAACCUUUUCUUUUUCUCUCACCGCUCUCCUCAUUUUUCGUAUAAUCCGAUUUGCGAAACAUGGUCGAGGGAGAGUCCAAGGCACUGUGGUUCAUAGUGGCGACAGUGUUUGCAGCCGCAGUGGUCGCACCAGCGGCGCAUGGACAGCAAGUGCCGUGUUACUUCGUGUUUGGAGACUCUGUCUUCGACAACGGUAACAACAAUGCCUUGAACACCAUGGCUAAGGUCAACUAUCUACCUUAUGGUAUCGAUUUCCCCCAAGGUCCUACCGGGCGGUUUAGCAACGGUCGGAAUAUCCCUGACGUUAUCGCUGAACUAGUGGGUUUCAUUAAUUACAUUCCACCGUUCGCCGGAGCAUCACCGGCACAAGCUAACAUGGGACUCAACUAUGCUUCCGGUGCCGGUGGUAUCCGCCGAGACACCAGCGAAAACAUGGGUGAGAGGAUCAGUUUGGGUGAGCAAGUAGACAACCACCAGUCGGCGAUCAGUAGAGCGGCGGUGCCACGAAGUCGGUUACAGCAAUGUCUAUACACGAUCAGCAUCGGAAGCAACGAUUACCUCAACAACUACUUCUUGUCGCCUCCUACUCUUGCUCGUCGCCUAUAUAAUCCUGAACAGUUCGCUCAAUCUCUCAUAGGCCGCUACCGUAUCUAUUUGCUGCAAUUGUACGUACUAGGAGCGAGGAAUGUAGCCUUGUUCAGCAUCGGUAAGAUAGGAUGUACGCCACGUGUAGUUGCUACCCUCGGUGGCGGCACAGGCUGCGCAGAAGAAGUGAACCAAGCAGUGAUUCUCUUCAACACUAAACUCAAAGCCCUAGUCACAGAAUUCAACAACAAACCUGGAGCUAAGUUCACUUAUGUUGAUUUCUUCUCUGGAAAUGCUCAAGACUUCGCUGCCUUCGGGGUUACGGUUUUUGAUAGGAGUUGUUGUACGGUUGAUCCGGGGGAAGAACUUUGUGCGGCGAACAAACCGAUUUGUCCGAACAGAAACGCAUUCAUAUUCUGGGAUAACGUGCAUACGACGGAACUUAUUAAUGUAGUGGUGGCUAACGGAGCGUAUAACGGACCCAUAGCUACACCUUAUACCAUAUCCCAGCUUGUAUGAAUUGAAAAAUUAGGGCUUUAAUUAGCCUAAUUUACUGUAAACUUCGUCUAGAUGGAAAUUAACCAUCUAUCAUACCCGCAUAAUAAUAUCAUACAGACUAAAUAAUGAAUAAAUAAAGGUUUGCAAUAUUGUAGUUGACCCAUAAUAAAAAAUAUAUAAAAAAUUGCAACAAUACUAGCUUACAUGCAAGUAAAACAUACUAUGUAAAUAUGUAAUAUAUAAAGAUUCAAUAAAUGGGCUUAAAAACGGACCUGAUGAUUUAGUCAGGCCUUGUGAAAGCCCAAAGAGGAUGGCAAGGAAACAAAGAUAAGGCCUCUCAAAAAGUCGUAAAGUUGUGUCCACUCUCCCUCCACAAUCUACGAUCUGAAAUCGCAUCGAGUUCGAGCUUACAGUGACCGACCGAUCAUGGAAUACUGUGGACAAGACUCAAGAGUAACCGCUGCUUGGUUUUAUAGCUGCUCUGUUUAUCUCAAUUGUUCUUUAGCUAUCCAUGAUGGGUGGAUCUAGUUCCGAGGACCUGGACCUGGAGUAUGAUGUGAUGACUACUAAAAAGGCCUUCUCUCUGCGAAUGAACCAGUAAUGUAAAUCUCUUUCCUUGACCUCUUUAGACCAAAAGAAUUCACCUUUAUGUGUUUGUUCUUCAA